AUUUGGAGUCACGUGGUGGCUGGUGUCGGUCAUCCGGGUGUGAAAGGAGUCGCGGCGCCCGGUUCACAAUGUGGGACGACAAGGCGGUGGAGGCGAUCGGGCGGAUCUUGGUGGAUGUGUCGAGGCCGCUGAAGGAGCGUUUCCGUGCGCUUUUCACCCUCCGGAACCUGGGCGGCCCGCUGGCUAUCGAGUGGAUCUCCAGGGGCUUCGGGGACGAGUCGGCGCUGCUGAAGCACGAGUUGGCCUACUGCCUGGGCCAGAUGCAGGACCAGCGGGCUAUCCCCAUCCUGACCCGGGUACUACAGGACCACAGCCAGGAGCCGAUGGUCAGACACGAAGCAGGUGAAGCACUGGGAGCUAUUGGAAAACCAGAGGUCCUUGAAACAUUGAGGUAUUACUCACAUGAUCCAAUAAUAGAAGUUGCUGAAACUUGCCAGCUGGCAGUUAAACGAAUUGAAUGGCUUCAGAACAAUAAAGACCAGAAUGAAAGCCAAUACUGUUCAAUUGAUCCUGCUCCCCCAGCUCUGGAGAAAGAUCCUAAGAAAUUAAGAGAAGCUCUCCUAGAUGAAUCCUUGCCCUUGUUUGACAGAUACAGAGCAAUGUUUGCCCUGCGGAAUAUUGGAAGUAAAGAAGCAGUCUUGGCAUUAGGAGAUGGUUUGCAGUGUGAAAGUGCCUUGUUUCGUCACGAAAUUGGCUAUGUCUUUGGCCAAAUGCAGCAUGAUGCCAGUAUUCCACAACUUAUAACUGCAUUGAAAAAACUGGAUGAAAAUCCCAUGGUCCGUCAUGAGUGCGCAGAAGCUUUAGGAUCGAUUGCCAAAGAACCAUGUGUGGAAAUAUUGAAAGAAUAUCUACAUGAUGAAGAACGUGUUGUGAAGGAGAGUUGUGAGGUAGCACUGGACAUGCUUGAAUACGAAAAUAGUCCAGAGUUUCAGUAUGCAGAUACAUUGAUUAAAUUGCAAAAAACGGAGUCCGGGAAUAGAACAUUGCCUUAAUGGAGUUUCUUGAACUGUUGAAAGAUUGUCAAAACUUGAUGUUGAGUGCACUAAUCACAGAUGUUAUUUUCUUCUGUGCUGAAGUUGUGCAUUUUCUGAUGCCACUUUCCCCUAUGUUGUUUAAUUCCAAGUAAUGUAGAAUAUGUAAUGAGAUACAUCAUGCUUUAUUUAUUUUGUACAUAUGACAAAUUAAUAUUUAACAAAAUGCUUGAUUCAAGUUUAGUCUUCUAAAACAUCACUUUGGAUUUCAUUUAAGUAUUAUUACCUGCUAGCUUCAGGCUAUUUAGGAUGUCAAAUCUUAUCACACCAGCAAUAUUGUGUAAAUUAGUAAGUGAACACCAGAUUUGUCAUGACUUGGUAAGAGCAUGAUCCCUCCAUCAGUUUAAAAAUUUUUUUAAAAAUGAUUUAAAAUCUUUAGUGCUGGAAAUAUUCAAGUUGGGACGGCAUUCACUGAUUAUUUUUAAGAUUUCUGCUUCUUUCACAUUUCAAACAUUUAUGGUAUUUUUGUUUUGGUUUAAACUUAGUUAAUCCAGUUGAUUAGGGAAGUACUAUAAGUUACAUGAUUUUGACGAUUAAAUAUUGUAUGGCUGGGUUUGUCGAAUAUAAACUUGU